AUGGCAACGCUAUCAACGGAUGUGGCCCCGGCGGGGGCCACCCCAGCGCCUAGCAUAGCCGCACCUGGCGCUACCCUGGCUCAGGCGCUGCAGGCGGCGGCCGUUGAGCCGAAGCUGGCCGAGAUCAUCACUUGCCUGGCGGAUUGCGUAGGGGAGAUUGGGGAGGCGCUUCGCAGCAAGGAUUUUGAGCAGGCGGGGUCCACCAACAGCUUUGGGGACGAGCAGCUGGAGGCGGACCUGUACGCGGACGGCAUCAUAUUCCGGCGGCUGCGCAGCUGCGGCGCGGCGGCGUCGGCGUCGUCUGAAGAGACAACAGACAUUGUGCCCCUGGGUGGCAGCGGCUACUCGGUGGCAUUCGACCCAUUGGACGGGUCGUCCAUCGUGGACGCGAACUUCGCGGUCGGCAGCAUCUUCGGGGUCUGGCCAGGGCCCACCCCGCUCGGUCAGACGGGGCGCGACCAGGCGGCGGCAAUGUACUCUGUUUACGGCCCGAGGACGAUGCUGGUUGUCGCAUACUCGGAUGCCAACGGCAACAAGCUUGUGCAGCAAUACGUCCAGAGCACGCACCACCAACAGCAGCAGCAGCGGCAGGACGAGCAGCAGCAGCAGCAGCAGCAGCAGGAGCAGGAGCAGCAGCAGCAGCAGCCCGGCGCCGCCGGCGAGCGGCAGGAGUGCAGCAGCAGCGGCCGGCCGGCCGAGUGGACGCUGCAGCGCGUGUACGCGGGGCUGCGCCACACGAAGAUCAUUGCGCCGGCCAACCUUCGGGCGGCGGCGGACAACGCGGCGUAUAGGCAGCUGGUGGAGGCCUGGAUCGACGGGGGCUACAAGCUGCGGUACUCUGGCGGCAUGGUGCCGGACGUGCACCACAUUUUGGCAAAGGGCGGCGGCGUGUUCUGCAACCCGGCGUCGCCCGAGAGCCCCGCGAAGCUGCGCCUGCUGUACGAGUGCGCCCCCCUGUCCUUCGUGAUCGAGGCCGCCGGCGGCGCCUCGUUCUGCGGCCGCGGGUCGGUGCUCGACCUGCCCAUUCGCGACACGGGCGCCAAGACCACCAUCGCGGUCGGGACCAAGGAGGAUGUUGGCAAGUGCCUCGAAGCCAUGAGCGCGUCCCCGGCCCCGUGA